AUUUUGAUUUCCAACUCCUACUCCGCCUCGCGCGUUUUCACCCAAAAUCCUCUUCUCCUCUCAGAUCAAACACAUUCUUUAACUUAUUCUUACAAUUUCCCAGAAUCUCUCUUCCCCCAAUUUGCGGAAUUUGUUUGUUCUUCCCCGGAUUCCCAAUAUUUUGAGAAAUGGAGCGAUGGGCUAUGAGAUGUGUGGUGAUGAUGGCGUUUGUGGGGGUAUUGCUGCUGAAUUUGAGAAAAUCAGAAGGGAUUAGGUUUGUGAUAGACAGGGAAGAAUGUUUCUCUCAUAAUGUUCUAUACGAGGGAGAUACUGUUCAUGUUUCUUUUGUUGUAAUCAAGGCAGAUUCAGCAUGGCACUACGGCGAUGAUGGUGUUGAUCUUGUGAUAAAGGGUCCUAAUGGUGAACAUCUUCAUGAUGUCCGAGACAAGACGAGCGAAAAACAUGAAUUUGUUGUUCACAACAAAGGCCUUCAUCGAUUCUGCUUUACGAACAAGUCUCCGUACCACGAAACGAUCGACUUUGAUAUGCACGUUGGUCAUUUUUCCUAUCAGGAGCAGCAUGCAAAAGAUGAGCAUUUCAAUCCUUUGAUGGAUCAAAUAUCUAAGCUGGAGGAGGCUCUUUACAAUAUUCAGUUUGAACAGCAUUGGUUAGAGGCUCAGACUGAUCGCCAGGAAAUAGUGAAUGAAGCAAUGAGCAAAAGGGCAAUGCAUAAGGCAAUGUUUGAAUCAGCAGCGCUUGUAGGGGCCAGUGUCCUCCAAGUCUACUUGCUGCAGCGCUUGUUUGAAAGGAAGCUUGGCACUUCCAGAGUUUAAACCCCCUUUUUACUUCACCAACAUUCUUUUUACCCCCGCAGUAAAAGAUUAUAUGCUAAUCUAUUUCUUCCUGUUUUUUUUUUUUUUUUUUUUUUUUUUUUUUUUUUUUUUUUUUU